CGUGAUCUUGUUCCGGCUCGCCAAAGAUGGCGGCCCCCAGAGCGGGAGCGUGAAAGUUGUUGGUGAAAGACGCUGUCCACCUGCGCUGGCAUCGCAACCCAGUGGGGAUCGUGCGCCAUGUCGCGACUGAUCGUGAAGAACCUCCCGAAUGGGAUGAAGGAGGAGCGUUUCAGGCAGCUGUUUGCCUCCUUUGGCGCCCUGACCGACUGCAGCCUGAAGUUCACCAAAGACGGCAAGUUCCGUAAGUUUGGCUUCAUCGGCUUCAAGUCGGAGGAAGAGGCCCGAUCGGCACUGAACCAUUUCAACAGGAGUUUUAUCGACACGUCCCGGAUCGUGGUGGAGUUCUGCAAGUCGUUUGGGGACCCGACAAAGCCCCGGGCCUGGAGCAAGCAUGCCCAGAAAACAAGCCAGUCUAAGACUCCCUCAAAAGGCCAAGACUCCGUCUCGAGGGAACCUAAGAAAGAUGACAAGACGAAAAAGGUAGCGAGUGAGCUGGAGAAGCUGAAGAAAGACGCCGAGUUCCGGGAGUUCCUGUCGGUUCAUCAGAAGCGGACGCAGACAGCCACUUGGGCAAACGAUGCCCUGGACGCCGAGCCCUCGAAAGGGAAGGGCAGGCCUGCCAGUGACUACCUGAACUUCGACUCCGACUCGGGGCAGGAGAGUGACGAGGAGGGGCCUGGGGAGGACCCGGAAGAGGAGGGUGGCCGUGAACCCAAGGCGGCCGUGCAGCAGGAACUGUCCGACAUGGACUACCUGAAAUCCAAGAUGGUCACGUCCGAGUCGCUGUCAUCCUCAGAGGAGGAGGGGAGCGAAGACGAAGCUGUCAGCUGUGCGGACGGGAGCGAGGCCGUCCGGCAAGACGGAGCGGGGUGCGCGGCUGGCCCGGAGCAGGACGCGCCGUCCAGGGACAAGAGGCCGGGGGCGGCCGGAGCUGAGGCAGACAAACCAGCAACCCAGAAGGAACCCACCACCCCCCACACCGUGAGGCUGCGAGGAGCCCCGUUCAAUGUCACGGAGAAGAAUGUCAUGGAAUUCCUGGCCCCGCUGAGACCAGUGGCCAUUCGAAUAGUGAGAAAUGCUCACGGGAACAAGACAGGGUACAUCUUUGUGGAUUUCAGCAGCGAGGAGGAAGUGAAACAAGCUCUCAAAUGCAACAGGGAGUACAUGGGCGGGCGCUACAUCGAGGUGUUCAGGGAAAAGAACGCCCCCACGGCCAAGGGGCCCUUGAAGAACAGCGCCAAACCCUGGCCAGGCCGGACCCUCGGGGAGAACGAAGAGGAGGAGGACCUGGCCGACUCUGGGAGGCUCUUCGUACGGAACCUGCCCUACAGCAGCACCGAGGAAGACCUGGGACAGCUCUUCUCCAGAUUUGGUCCCCUGUCUGAGCUUCAUUACCCCAUUGACAGCCUGACCAAGAAACCCAAGGGCUUUGCCUUCGUCACCUUCAUGUUCCCCGAGCACGCCGUGAAGGCCUACGCCGAAGUGGAUGGGCAGGUGUUCCAGGGCAGGAUGCUACACGUGUUACCGUCCACCAUCAAGAAGGAAGCCAGUGAGGACACCGAUACCUCAGGAUCAUCGUCUUAUAAGAAGAAGAAAGAAUCUAAAGACAAAGCCAACAGCUCCAGCUCUCACAACUGGAACACGCUGUUCAUAGGCCCAAACGCUGUGGCCGACGCCAUUGCACAGAAAUACAGCGCCACCAAGAGUCAAGUGUUUGACCACGAGACCAAGGGCAGCGUGGCCGUGCGUGUGGCCCUAGGGGAGACCCAGCUCGUUCAAGAAGUACGGCGUUUUCUCCUGGACAACGGGGUCAGCCUGGACUCCUUCAGCCAGGCCGCAGCUGAGCGAAGCAAGACUGUAAUUCUGGUGAAGAACCUCCCGGCGGGCACCCUGGCGGCCGAGCUGCAGGAGACCUUUGGCCGAUUCGGCAGCCUGGGCCGAGUGCUGCUGCCCGAGGGCGGUGUCACUGCCAUCGUGGAGUUCCUGGAGCCCCUGGAGGCCCGCAGGGCCUUCAGGCAUCUGGCCUACUCCAAGUGUCGCCACGUGCCCCUGUAUCUGGAAUGGGCUCCGGUGGGCGUCUUCUCCAGCUCCGCCCCGCAGAAGAAGGAACCCCGAGACCCCCCAGCAGGACCCGCGGAAGAGGGCGCGGCGGAACCGGAAACCUUGCCAGACAACGAGACCCCGGAAGGUGAAAAGCCAACAGAGAGAGGAGCUGAGGAGGCUCCAGCGAAAGAGGAAGAAGAGGAGGAGGAGGAGGAGGAGGAGGAGAGCCCCCCCGGGUGUACCCUGUUUAUUAAAAAUCUCAACUUCGCCACGACCGAGGAGACCCUGAAGGAAGUGUUUUCCAGAGUGGGAAUGGUGAAGAGCUGCUCUGUUUCCAAGAAGAAGAACAAAACAGGAGAGCUGCUCUCCAUGGGAUUUGGGUUCGUGGAAUACAGGAAGCCAGAGCAGGCCCAGAAGGCUCUCAAGCAGCUCCAGGGUCACAUCGUGGACGGCCACAAGCUGGAGGUGAGGAUCUCAGAACGAGCCACCAAGCCAGCUCUGACGUCCGCUCGGAAGAAACAAGUGCCCAGAAAGCAGACGACCUCAAAGAUCCUGGUGCGCAACAUCCCCUUCCAGGCCAACAGCCGGGAGAUCCGAGAGCUCUUCAGCACCUUCGGGGAGCUGAAGACCGUCCGCUUGCCGAAGAAGAUGAGCGGGACAGGCUCGCACCGAGGGUUCGGCUUCGUGGACUUCCUCACGAAGCAGGAUGCAAAGAGAGCCUUCCAUGCCCUGUGCCACAGCACCCACCUGUACGGCCGGAGGCUGGUGCUGGAGUGGGCCGAUUCCGAAGUGAGCCUGCCAGCCCUGAGGCGGAAGACGGCCGAGCGUUUCCACGAGCCCCCGAAGAAAAAGCGGUCUGUGAUGUUGGACGAGAUCCUGGAGCAGCUGGAAGACAGUGAAAAUGACAGUGAGGAGCAAACCCUUCAGCUGCGAGCUGGCACCGAGAGGAUCCUCGGAUGAUGGAGCUCACCAGGGCAGGGAAGAGACGGCUGCCUUUUUCGGAGCAGAGGACAGACCGCGCCUUCCACUCAGCAUACCUGGAUAGACCGGAGGGGGAAGCCGGACUCUCUCUGUCCCAGCGCCACACGGACACAGCCUCCCCCCACCGCACCCCAGCCCCAUGCUGCAGGCUGAUCCCAGAAAUGCAAUGCACAGGAAGCCGGGACUUAGGACCCGUUGCCCACAGAAACAAAACUGUCUUCGAACCACGACUGGAAGGUGGCCCGUGAGCGAGAAAUCUGGCUCGUUCCUGCACGGUUCUCAAAUACUUCCUACUCCUUUUCUCCCUUCACCUUUUAUAUGUAUAUUGGAUUCCUAUUUCUAAAUGCGAAAACAAGAUGCCUUUUGAACUUCGUCCCCAGAACAGCCCUCCGCGUGGACAUUUUCCUCGUUGACAACUCGGAGGGCGAGAACCAUGGCCACAGCCGUGUUCUCGCCGUUGACCUCAUAGAGAUAAGUCCCUUCCAGCCACCUCCGCCAGCCCCUCUCCACCCCUCCUCCCUUCCCCCUAUUCAGGGAAACGAGGUUUUGCUUUUCAGCCCCAUUUCUGGUUACAUAUGUACAUGGCUGAUAAAAUAUUCCGCCUCACCCCUUCUCCCCGUGGGACCCGCCGUCUUCCGGGGAAAGGGUUUGUAUGACAACGGCCACGACAGCCUGUGUGUCGCCUGGAAACCGCGGUGGGGGCCGGAUCGCUCUCUCUCCGGCUCGUCUUUAUUCAGAUCCCCUCUCCGGGUUCUGAUAACGGCAUCGCUGGAGAGGAGAGGCCUGGACCUCCUCUGCGGGUUCCGCCCGAGGCCCAGACGGUGGCCCUCCCUCCCCUGACAGAGGAGAGGCUCCUGAGGUCCCUGGUGUUUGUUGCCUGGUAUCUCCCCUCCCCCCCCCCCCGCCCCCACAUCCUUCACCUGGGGCCACCCACGCACGCAGAGUGGGCAGAUGUCCCGGCUGUGGAUGCCCAGUGCGUGAGCUCACCCUCCCCGGACGCCUUCGAAAGUUGGGGCCAGAGCCGAAUUUGGGUGGGGGGAGGUCUCGAAGAAGCAACCUCGGCUGGAUGGAUAGACCCCAGCAGUCGGAGAAAGCACUGGGCCCCUUGCAGGGGGAGGGGAUGUCAUGGCUGCUCGAGAUUGUCCAGGAGGGAAGAGGGUGAAGAAUGGUCUGAGGCUCCACCCAGAGGGUUCUGGAAGUAUUUGGACACCGAUUCCCAUUUCUCUGUCCGUCCACCCACUUGGUUGUCUUAACGUCUCCUUGCACGAGUCACCGAUGUUCUGAGAUCCAGAGUAUUCCGGAGGCAGAAGGCAAGGGAAGAGGGAGGUGUCCUUAAACGUCUUCCCGACCUCCUUUUACAAAACACAGCAGCUCACUUUGCUCUGAGUUCCCAGUGGCAGGGCCAUCACACGAGCGUUGGGAAAGCCGCGCCCGCGGUGGCCCCCCUCUUCCAGAGGCUUCCAGAGGGCCUCGCCUCGGGGGAGCAGGUGUUUGCAGAGCUCCGUGAUGGGCCGGGCCCGGGGCUGCGCCCUGAGAGGCAAGGCCACCGCCCUUGUGCUGAAAAGAGCUUCCAGUGGGGUGUGGGGUUAAUAAGACCAGAAUGAAUUGAAUAAACUUCACGCGGGAGGAACAGCGUCUUCCGGAAGAUGGGAGGAGAGUGUGGUUCAGACAUGAGAGCACCAAGCAUUUAAUAAGCGCCCACUGGGUGCUCGGCACUGGGGUGGUAAAGGCGAGGGACCGGGCCCUGCCCUGGGAGGGUCAGCGUUCAACAAAAACGACCUUUGCACAGGGAUGGCGCUUAGGAGGGGGCAGCAAGGUGGGAGGCGGCCGGGGCGUUGAACAGGCAACCGCAGCGGCCUUCGUGCCAAGUACCCACACGCCCCCUGCGACCCCCGGGCGGGGGCUGGGUGCUCCCCCAAGAAAGGUGCGCAGGUGCCCUGCGUGUGAAAUGCAGCCCGGUCCCCCCGUGCCGUGGCCCCAUCCUCAUGAGCCUGCGACACUGUGCCCACGUGGAAAGAAAUGCAUCUGGGCCUAUAAAUGAGUCACGGCAAAUGACUCGUUCCGUCCUCCGACCCCCGGUGCUGCCCGUCCAGCCUCAUGGUCCGGGAAGGAAGCCCAAAGGCCGGUGAGAAGCCAUGAAAGCGCCCUUAUCACGCCUCAGAAUUCCUCGGCUCUUCUCUCCUUGUCCCGUUUUACCGUGCAGCGUGUGGAUGUGUGAGCGCGCACACACGCACAUUCUGUUCCUAACGACGGUGCUGUUCGGGCCAUUUCAGGUCCCGUAUUUGAGCCGUAGCCCCCGCCUGCCGAUUGGUACCUGCCGGCAGACUUUCAACGUUCCUUUCCUUCCACUUACUCAUUCAGCAAAUACUCGCUGAGACCCUGGCACCGUGCUUCGCACGGGGACGUUACCUGCUGAAGCCUCGUGGGAGCACAGACGCUAAACCCAGAACGAAGGGAUAAUACAAUUUCAAGCAGCGGUGAGAGCCAGUGGGCAAAGGGCCGGCUCGGCUGGCGGUGGUGGCCUGGGAGGCCUUGCCCCGGGGAAGUGACUUUUAAGCCAAGAGUCGAGGCCAGAAAGGAAGCCGACCCCGGAGGCGGACUGCAGCAUCUUGGGCGGAGACCAGCAAGUUCAAAGGUCCGGAGGCAGACGGACCAUGUGGUUAAGGACUGAAAGCUGGAUGACGGAGGGACGGAGUGGACAGGUGCCCGGCCACGCAGAGGCCACUGUAGAGGGCUUGCUGUUCAUUUAGACAAGAAAGGUAAAGGGUGCAACAGUGAAGCGUGGGAGACGGGGUGAAAACAGGAUGUGGCAGACGCCGCGGGAAAACCGGUGGUUCCCAGCCCGUCCGUCCGUGUUGCCUACCGGGCACCGUGGCAGCUAGAGGCGUGGGAGACACAGUUGUAGCCAAUCAGACCCAAGCAGAAAUCUGGUAGCUUUCCAGCAGAAGGUUUUGUUCUCCUGAUAAAAGGGGUAGGGAAACUGCAGGCCCUCCCUCGCUCCUCCCCACUUCUUACUGCCUUUGAUUUAGAUGUGAUGCCCGGAGCUGCCGCAGCUAUUUUGCCACCUUGAGGGAAAGGCCGUGAGAAUUGCAGAGACAGGCAGGCCGUUGAAAAUCCGCACCAGCAACCUCCAGAUUCUUCGGUACAUUGGAAGAAUAGUCCCCGUCCGUCUUUAAGAUACAAUUAGUUGGCUUUUGUGUUAUUUGCCAAAAGAAUGCCCAGGCUGGUACACAGGGUAAGGAACCGGGGCCAGAGAGCAGUGAGUGGGUGUGUCUGGUUUCGAAAGCCACAGCCUUGAGAUUCUGAAAUGGAGCGCCCUGUGUGGAAGAACCAUCUUUGACGACAUGAUGAACCUGCUGUUUACUUGAGUGCGGAAUGUUCGCUGUACGAAACCAAGAACUGCUUCAAGUCCCCUCCUUACUGGGAAGGGCUAAAAGGAAGCGAGUCCAGCUAGACACGGAUCCUUGUUCUCUGUGCAGCCCUCAGUUCACCCAAGAGCAAGUUGGGUGGGCAGACGUCGCCGUGUGAAAAAGACUGCUUUCUGGGGUUCAAUUCACGGGAUCGUUGAAUGGAGGUGGGGAAGGAGCCAAGGGUGGUGGAAAACAAACAGGAGGGAGAGAGAGGCGAGAAUGUUCCGGCACAAGCCCUGACAGGGCCCACGUGCUAUCCCCCUGGGUCUCCAGAGUUGGGAGGCACGUCGUGACAAAUGUUCUGUGCAAUAGGAGAGAAAAAUGGCGAGAAUGUGCAAAUUCUUGAUGCAGAAGAAGACAAAAAAAAAAGGACAUGUAUUCUGUGUUUUUUUGUUCUCUCAAGAGGCCCAUUCUUAAGCAGAAAGGUGCAUUGAAGUGGAAAUCGUACAACGACCACCGACUCCAGAUACCCUGGCAUGGAGGGAGGCCUCAGUGGCGUUGCACGAGAGGCGAUGAGUGUGUGAGCCCUGGUUCCCAGUACCCAGCAGCAGGCCAGUCCCAGUCCCGACCCCUUAAUCCACUCCCUGACCUGAGGUCGAGGGCCAGCGGGGCCAAGAGAAACCGUCACACGGCUCUCUGCCUAAGCUCUGCGGCACAAUGGCAGGCAGUCGGCAAACAUUUGUUGAAGACCCACGGUGUGCCUGCUGCCCCGCGGGCCGGCCCGUCUACGCCCGGAAAGUUCCAGGCGUGGCGUCCAUGGGGACGCCGAUGUCUUCUCAGCAGCAGGACGGGUGACUAGACCGUGGCGUGGACGAAUCUCACCGACGGUGCCCAGUGGGUGGAAGACGCCAGGCACAAAAUUGCUGCGCAACUCCACUGCCCUUGAGGGGAGCCCGCCGACGGGCUGCAGACGUCCCCGCGCCUUGAUCUGGGUGGCGGUCGCGCAGGGGUUUACACGGGUAGAAAUGCGGUGAGAUGUGCCUUUUGUCUAAGCUGUAGCUCCAAAAACAAAUAAAAAGGCCACAGAUACCCACGUGCGUAUGUAAUCCAAUAGUCAAGUCUGUUGUGUGAUUUAUCCUGUUUUACCUGGAUGCGCGUUAGAGUCCCCUGGGGAGUUUUUGAAAGACAUACACCUUGACCCCACCCCAAGAGAUUCUGUAAUGGCUCAUCCGGGACAGUGGGGGCAUCUCAGAACU